CAUUUCACCAUUUGGCAUGUUCCGACAUCUGAAGGUCAGCAUAAAGAGUCUCCGCGAAGAUUUCGCUCACAAAGUGGUGAGGGCGAUUUCACGUGACGUCACGCGUCAAGACGCGACACGCCCUGCCCAAACUCAGAUUGCUGUUCCUUGUUCACAACUCCAAAAACAUCCAGCAUCUCAAAACAAUGCCCUCAAAUGGAAUAACCUCGGCCCUCGAAACUAAGUCGACGCUCUGUUAAAACUUUCCAAAGGCAGGGAGUAGGAUUCCGCAGGCAGCGAGCGUAGUAUGCCCAAGAAUGGCACCUUUCACGUUUGAUAUGCGGAAUGUUUCCGCAGCCAUCAAUCAAACAGCGGUGGAAGAGCCGAACACCAACCCAAGCCAAGAACUUUCUAGACUCUACCGGCGGUUGAUUGAAGUUGACCCGACCUUCAAGAAGAUUAUCAACCACCACCCGGAACUCAGCCUGGAGGACUGGAAAGCACGGAAGAGAGCAAAACCAGACGAAGUCGGCCCUUACUCGGAUUUUGUCGAACAUGGAUUCACCCUUCGAGCACAUGUUCGAAACAUUCUCAAUCCAACGAACAGCAGGCUUCUGGAAUUGCCUUUUGAGCUUCUAGAUCAAAUAUGUUCUCAUGUCGACAGCGUGUCGGCGCAGGAGAGCGACUUCACCUGGUCGCAACCACACAUGAGGCGCAAGGUAGACAUCGAAGCCCUCAAGUCUCUUCGCUUGACCUGCAGACUUCCCACCGUCACUGUACACGUCACACGAAAAUCUCUCGAUCGAUUGAAUGCGAUUUCUCGACAUGCGAGUAUCGGACGAGGCGUGCGCUGCAUCCGUAUCGCGCUGGGCUUCUACGAUGGACUCGCGGCGUACGCACAGGAAAAGUUCAUUCUCAUGGCGAAGCAAAGGCUUGAGAAUCUAUUCGAACGGGAACUUUGGCAUGGAAUGUCGCACAAAGACAUGUUGUCUGACGGAGCAAAGGAGAAACUUCAGGCGAUAUUCGAUCUCUUAGACAGGUUGACGGACAAUCAACCGUGGGAUCGGGAGCUUUCAGAUCCAUUCCACGAAAGCCUGAUUGGGAAAGCAUACGACACAUAUGCGCGCCUUGAGGCGGAGCAGAAACACCUUCACGAUGACAGAUGGCACAGCUUCUCAGAUACGGUAUCAUUCGCAAUGAAACGGAUGCCGAACGCCACGAGACUGGAGAUGAGUGACACAUUCGAACCUCAGUGGACCCCACCUGAGGGAGACGCCCUCGUCAACGAAGAUGAGCUGUACCAAUUUCUCAUAACUCCCUACCGUUGGGAGCACGCGGCGAAAGGGGUUGAUGAGCUAGAAGACGACCUCAUCUGCGCUCGACGGCCCCUCGGAUUUAUUCCAGGCAUUCUCGGCGCUACCAAUGUUUUCCUGACACGAUUCGCUGUGAAAGUCACUCCGAUGCACCUCUGGGAUGCGUUUGAUCAGGUGAGGGAUGAGCCGACAAUAGAUGAAUACACUUUGGUCACUGAACGGCUCCGGUGCCUCGACUUCACGAGCAAAUACAUUCUCAGCGACGGCAAUUCCAGAAGACCCCAGGUCACCUGGCCUAAGUUUGACGAUGCGGCCGGCUUUGAAGGCUGUGGGAAGCUUCUCAGUGUUCUUACCAUGACGGACAAUAUAGAGCGCAUCUCGAUCGACUUGGAAGAGUUUAGCCGCGACGCAGACACCAUCGAGAUAGGUGCGCAAGGACCAUGGCAUCUCAACUGGUUUAUUCAAACACAACCAUGGCCGAACCUUCACCGGCUCACACUUUCGAAUGUGCGUCUCAGCUCUCACGGCUUGGGCGUUUUCCUUGGAGAUAGGGAGAUAGAACUCAGUCUUAGCUCUGUCCAGAUGGUUCAGGGCACGUGGGAGGAGGCACUGGACAUGUUGCGGCGCAAGACCGACCCGAAGCAGCGUGGAGAGCAGGGUUUGGCGUCGCUCAAAAUCAUGGCUUUGAUAAGUCUGUCUGGGGCCGAGUGUCAUGAGAUGGGUGAAGAUGAGUACCGCGUCUUGAGUCUCGCGGCUCAAGCCUAUGUGUGGCACCUUCAAGAGAACAACCCUUUCCGAUGGCGCCCGGCGGACUGA